GAGCUUCACGGUGAGGUUUUGAGGCUGCCCCCUCUUCGGUCCGGAAACUGGAAAGUUUUAGUUUUACUGCUGAUUGUGUAAAUUGCAAUGUGAUGUCAUCCCUUCUCCCGAUCACCAGCAGCUUACUGGGAGCAUCCAGGCGGCUUAUGUGGAGAAGUACUCCUGGUCUCUCUCCGCUGCUCAGACUGACCCCGCCUGCACCCUCAUGGGUUGUGGCUUUUGGUAAGAAGGACCUGCCUGAUCUCCCAGUCCUGUUGGAGGAAGAGCUGGAAGAACAGUUUGUGAGGGGAUCCGGGCCAGGAGGACAAGCUACUAACAAAACCAGCAACUGUGUAGUGCUCAAACACAUCCCCACCGGGAUUGUAGUGAAGUGUCAUCAGACCAGAUCUGUGGAUAUAAACCGAAAGCGUGCCCGGGAUAUAAUGAGGGAGAAACUUGAUGUGGCGUAUAAGGGUGAACUCAGUGAGUUGGUGGUGAAGAAGAAAGAAUCUGUGUUGAGGAAACAAGAAAAACGGAAGAGAGUGAAUGAGAAUUUGGAGAGGAAAAGACUGUUUAAUGAAGCCUUGGCUGUAGACAAUAAACCUGGAGAUGACACCGCUUAAAA